AUCUCUCAUAUUUGGAAUUUGGUCAUUACUCACUUGGUCACAGCACAUAAUUUGACAUCUAAAGCCACCAUACACAUUCUCUCUCUUAAAAACCCAUGUCAAAAGUGAAGUCUUUUGGAUUUGAUCUUGAACCAUUUUAGCUAUAGUUCCUUGUGUUCACACAAAAUCAACAUAAGAAACAUACCCUUUUGUUUAUAUAGCUAUAUAUUGUUAUUACUAUUAUCCUUUUUCUGCUUAAUUAUUAUUAGUUAGCCAAAACCAUAGGAAAUUAAAGAAGUCUUCAAUCUUGAGUUCAUAUAUAGUUUUUAAUUUCUUCUUGCUGCUGCAUAAUGAGGGAAUUUCCUUCUUGUUUCGGUGAGAAUGGUGUUCAAGUUGCUGAUUCAUCAUCUUCUUUAGGUUCAACAACAACAACAAGAUCAGCACAAAAUGUGACAUGUGUCUACCAAUGCAAGCUGCAAGAAAGUUCUUCAAUUUGCUUCAUCACAGUGACAUGGACAAAAACCCUAAUGGGACAAGGCUUGAGUGUGGGAAUUGAUGAUCUUUUCAGCAACCAUUGCCUCUGCAAGUUUGACAUAAAGCCAUGGCUGUUCUCAAGGAGAAAAGGGUCCAAGAAUUUUGAUGUCAAAUCCAAUAAAGUUGACAUCUUUUGGGAUUUGAGCUCUGCAAAAUUUGGUUCUGGCCCUGAACCAUUAGAAGGGUACUACCUAGCAAUCAUGUUCAACCAUGUCAUGGUGUUGCUCCUUGGUGAUCUCAAAAAGGAUGCAUGCAAGAAACUAUUUGAUCAUCAUAAUAAUGGUGAUGAUGAAAUUUCCUACAAUCUUCAUCAAUCUUCUGGUGCAAUUUUUAUUGCAAAGAGGGAACAUGUUUUUGGUAAGAAAUGUUAUGGAGCAAAGGCUCAAUUUUGUGACAAGGGUCCAUUGCACAAUGUGACAAUUGAAUGUGACACAUUUAAUACCAACAGUAAUAAUAGUAUUAGUAGUGAUCCUUGUCUUGUGAUAAGAAUUGAUAGCAAGAUUGUGAUUCAGGUGAAGAGGUUGAAAUGGAAAUUCAGAGGGAAUCAUACAAUUUUGGUUGAUGGGGUUCCAGUGGAAGUGUUCUGGGAUGUGCAUAAUUGGCUCUUUGGGAAUUCUAUGGGGAAUGCUGUGUUCAUGUUCCAAACUCAAUCUCAAUCUGUUUCUUCUUCUGAAGAUCAUCACUGUCAUCAUCAUCAUCAUCAUCAUCAUGAAGAUGCAUUAACUUGGGCUUAUUGUCAACAGUUUAAGGAUUCACAGUUGCAAGGUCUUGGAUUCUCUCUCAUUUUGUAUGCUUGGAAGAAUGAGUAAUCAA